CGUGCGCAAACCGCGUGCGGCGCAGAGGAGAGAGCAGGGAGCGAAAACAAACAGCAGCGCUAAAGCUAAUUCAGUACGCAGCAGCAGCUCACAGGGAUGGACUCCAGCAGCAGCGAGUGUUUCGGUUGCGGCCGCUCUGGCCACUGGGUGAAGAACUGCCCGAACGCCAGCCGAGGGCGUGGGCGGGGGCGAGGUCGCGGGAAAGAUCUCUUCUGCUAUCGCUGCGGAGAGCAAGGCCACAUCGCCAGGGACUGUGAGCAGACCGAGGACGCCUGCUAUAACUGCCACCGCAGCGGUCACAUCUCGCGGGACUGCAAGGAGCCGAAGCGGGAGCGGGAGCAGUGCUGCUACACCUGUGGCAAGGCGGGCCACGUGGCGCGCGACUGCGAUCACGCCAACGAGCAGAAGUGCUACUCCUGCGGCGGCUUCGGCCACAUCCAGAAGCUCUGCGAGAAGGUGAAGUGCUACAGGUGUGGGGAGAUCGGGCACGUGGCCGUGCAGUGCAGCAAGGCCAGCGAGGUCAGCUGCUACAACUGCGGGAAGACCGGACACCUGGCCAAAGAGUGCACGAUCGAAGCCAGCGCCUGACCCGCCACAGCCAGGCCCCUCCCUUUUCUCAAUCAUACUUAUUUUCUCUGAAGCGGCUUGGCUGGCCAGUGGAUGGCCG